AUGAAUUUUGUGAUAAAGUCUCGCUUUUUUCCACUCUCCAGUAAUAUACAAAUUUUGGCAUCUUCAGUUAGAAACUCUUCAACAACAACUAACGAUAAAAAAUAUUCUCUUGAGAAUAUUCCUAGAGAGACUGGUGGACGGAAUAGUUUUACGGGCAGUGUUGUUUCAGGUCAUUCUGAUUUGCCCACAAAUUCGGAGGAUUCUUCAACUAAAGGAAAUGAGGAGCUACGCAUGUUUCGUGGUCCACUAACUUUGGGAAAUUUAAUAGAUGCUCUUGAGGCUUACGAAGGAUCUCCUGUUAUUUCUUUGCAUUCUGGGUUUUUGCGUAACUUAUAUAUUUAUAUAAGACCAAUCGAAACUGUUACACGGCAAAACAAUGAAUGGGUUUUACAACCACCUUUUCAACAUCCACUUAGAAAUUUUAAAAUUGAUAUCGCUGUGUUAAUACGUGAAGGAGAGGAACGAGCACGAUUCGAUGAUAAAAGACUGCUGUGUGUACGCUAUGGGCAGCCAGAACCAGAUCGCCGUAGCAUGAGGAAAGCAGCACGCAACGAACAGAAAAUCUACUUUACAGCUUUGUUUGCUAGUGGUCGUGAUUUCUUCGUACAAUGGCACCCAGAUAAACUUGAAAAACCAAGAUGGCUCUACCUGAAAACCCAAGACCUAGAUGAUGUUUAA